AAUAAAAUGCAAUCUUGUCUUUUAAUCGAUAAUUUUAAUAAAACGACAAUUCGGGGAAGUGUAUCUCUUUUUAAAAUAUUUCUGUUUGAAGGUGAUGGUUCUUUUAACUUUAGUUUAAACCGUAGUGUCAGCUGGCUGGGCAUCAGGUUGACUUUUGUUGACGUGCGGGACUCGCAUCAUUUUUUUUACUGGCACGUCUUCAGUUUUCUUUUCUGUCCUAUGUUCCGACAUACAGGAGUUUGUUUUGAGCAGAGGAGCCAUGCCUUUCCUCCACGGGUUUCGGAGGAUCAUUUAUGAGUAUCAGCCGCUGGUGGACGCGAUCAUGCGCGUCGUGUGGCUGGAGGGAGAGAGUCCCGAGGACAGUCCUGAGGAUGAGUCUGGUCGGUGUCGCUCUCUAGCAGAGCUCCUGGAGCAGGAGUCCCAGUCAGAGGUGUUUGUGGAGGGCAUCAGCUAUGCCCUGUUUAAAGUGGCCGAGCGGGGACUACUUUAUGCUGUUAAAAUCCUCCUACGCCAUGGGGCUGAUAUAAACUUUGAAGAUCCAGUGUCAUACUACAACCCACUACAUAUAGCUGUGUUGAGGAACAGGCCAAACAUGGUGAGGCUGCUGGCUGGGCAUGGAGCAGACAUCGAAAAGAGGGACAGGAUUCAUGAGAGCAGUCCCUUGGAUCUUGCCAGUGAGGAGUCUGAGAGAUUGCCUUGCCUGCUCACCUUACUGGACCUGGGUGCCAGUGUGAAUGCAAGGGACAAACAUGGGAAAACGCCCUUGCUUCAUGCACUAGCAAGCAGCGAUGGACUCACCGUGCACAACAUAGAGAACAUCCAGCUCCUACUAGAGAGAGGCGCUAACGUUAAUGCUUCAACUGUGGACGGGGAAACGGUUGUGUCAUCGUUGGUGUUUUUAGUAAAGGAAGCUCUGGAAGCCAGUGAAGAGGACGCUGCUGAGAUUGGUAACUUCUGCCAGAAAACCACACGGCUACUGCUGGCGCAUGGUGUGGACCCCAGUUGCUGUCUGAACGAGGAUGGAGAGUCCUCUCUGAUGCAGACAAGCCUGGAGCACUUUGACAUGCUCUUCCCUCUGGCUGUGCUCCUAAUCCAGAGUGGAGCCUCUUUGGUUUGCUCCUAUCACAGUGACUCCUGUUGGUCAGGUUACAGCCUCCUUUUCCAGCGGCUCCAAACAGUCCUGCAGCAGUGCUCCGAUCAGAGUCGUGCCGUUGAGCUCUUGGAACAAGCCGAGGUUUUGCUGGACCUAGCAAAAGUAAACAUCUCCACGCUACAUCUCCCUCCUGGGAUGGAGCUCCCUGUGCCCGGUCAGGAUUCUCACCCGUAUGCUCAGGAUCUGUUAGACCUGCACAACCGUGUUGUAGCACGUGAAUCAAGCCCACUGCCUCUACGCUCCCUUUGUAGAGCAUUUAUACGGAGCCACUUGCAGCCCUGGCCCCUGGAGGCCAGGGUCAAAGCCUUGCCUUUACCAGAUAGACUGAAAGACUUUCUUCUUCCCGAGCACACAUACAUCCCAAAGCCAGGCUGGGAUUGCUUCAAACCUCAGCAGAGCCAGCGCUGAUAUCAACUACUGUCCGAGUCAGCAUAAAUGUAGUAAUUUGUGUAAAACAUACAAGUAUUUCUCCAUGAAUUACGCUAAAUUGAACAUACCAUCGCGGCCUUUGGUCUAUUCUUAUCCUCUCUGCCAAAUAUACAGACAGAAGUGUAUAUGUUUACUUUAAGAUACAAAGGUCUCUUUGUAAAAAUUAGUCUGUGAUUUGUGACAAUUUUUUUUCUCUGUCAGUAUUUAAUAUUGUGGCUCUACAGUUCAGUGUGAACUUGCCAGACGAGUAAAGGCAGCUGCAGUACACCAUAAACGCCAGCAGAUGGCGGUGUUGCGCUUGCGCUUCACGCGUGUCUCAGCUGUGAGGGUCAAAGAUUUAGUCAUGCUCAGAGCAGCCCAUUAAAGUUGAUCUAGCUGAGUAGUGUCCAUUUAUAUUUUAUGUCCUCAACGUGAUGGCGAUAUAUUGUGGAAUUUGUGUAUCUCUUUUGCCAAAAAUGAAAAUGGAACAAUAA